AAGAAAAUAAUUAUUUUUUAAUGAAUCUUUCUAAAGUAUUUAAGAUAAACUAUAUAAUAAUAAAAAUUUGAUGAACACGAAGAGCAGAGAUCUCCAAAGAUCCUAACUUUGAUUCUUCUGGUGUUUUCUCCGACCCAAUCAGAUGCAAAAAGGUGUCAUUACAGCGACAACAACAAGCUACACAAUUCAUGGCGAUUGUCCGAACAUCAAAGCUUGAUCUCCCAAACCCAUCUCUCUCUCCUUCUUCUCCUCAAGUUUCAUCGAUACUCUACGAACCAAUCUCCUCUUCACUUGCCCUAACUCUAUCUGAUUCAUCCAUCUCUCUUUACCCUUCUCUCUCCCCUCUCUCUACUCCUUCUCUUUCAUACCCACAAACCCUAAUCCCUUCUCCUUGCUCCUCUGCUUCGUUUCUCCUCCUCCGCUCCCAGAAUCCUAACUCCAACGACGAUUCCGGUAACGAAGCCUCCCCACGUGUCUUCUUUAUCGUUGCUGGUCCUUAUCGUGGUGGGUCUCGUCUUCUUCUCAGGUUCUAUGGUUUACGGGAAGGGAAAAACAAAUGCUUUGUGAGAGCCAAAGUGAUUUGUGAUCAAAAGGGUAUCGAAUUCGAUCAGAAAGUUGGGGUUUUGUUGAAUUUAAGCCACGGUGUUUCGGUUAAAAUCGUUGGCUCGACCAAUUACUUCUCAAUGUAUUCGGUUUCUAGCUCGAAAAUACUCAUCUUUGGUCUCAAGGUUGUGACUGAUGGCAGCAAUUGUGGAGAUGAUGAUGCAGUGGUUGUGAAGCUGGUAAGAUUUAUCCGACAAAUCCGAUGUUUUCUCAUUUGGUGUAAUGCUUCUUGAGCUCAUAACCGGACAACCUCCAGUGGAUCUAACUGGAGAAAUGGAAUAUAGCUUGGUAGACUGGGCAAGGCCUUUGUGUUUGAAAGCAGCUCAAGAUGGUGAUUACAACCAAUUGGCAGAUCCGCGUCUAGAGCUAAACUACAAUCAUCCAGAGAUGGUUCAAAUGGCUUCUUGUGCAGCUGCAGCAAUCAGACACUCAACAAGAAGACGGCCUAAGAUGAGCCAGAUUGUACGAGCACUAGAAGGAGAUAUGUCAAUGGAUGAUCUAAGUGAAGGAACAAGACCAGGACAAAGCAAGUAUUUGAGGCCCGGAAGCGUGAGCUCAGAGUAUAACGCAAGCUCGUACACCGCAGACAUGAAAAAAUUCAAGAAAUUGGCGUUAGAGAAUAAAGAAUAUCAAAGCAGUGAAUAUGGUGGAACAAGUGAGUAUGGUUUAAAUCCUCUGCUUCAAGUAGUGAAGAAAUGAAUAGAGGUUCAAUGAAACGCAAUCCUCAGCUUUGAAAGAACACAACAUUUCUCAUAAUAUUUUCACUUUUCUUCUCUGUUUUUCUUUCAUUGUUUGUUAAUUUUGCGUCAAAGAUCUGAAGUUUUUGACAGUUACAAAUUAUGAUGUUUUUAGGAGUGAUAUUAUUUUGACCAAAAGAGAUUAGAUUGUGGUUUUGUUGAAAUUGUUUAGUACAAAGCGUUAAUCCAUACCAAGUUAUGGAUAUGCAUUAUCAAGAUUGUUUUAUUAUUGGUGUUGUAUAUAAUGAUUCUAAAAGUAAUACGAGAUUAGGAGAAUCUUUAGUUA